AAAAAACCUCCGCAUACUCAAUCAUUUUAGAUGAACUGGAGUACCGGAGAAGCUUUGCGUCCAUCCCUACUCACGCAUCAUCCGAUUUUCUAGGGUUUCUUCUGAACGGCUUCGCGAAAUUUUGGUCUGAUAUUUCACACGAGAGAAGCUUUGGAGUACUGGCGAUUUUGGUCUGGGAUUUCGCACGCGAUUUUGGAGUACUGGAGUACUGGCGCACGAGAGAAGCUAAGGCGCUGGGAUUUCGCUCAUACGGCUUCACGAUUUUGGUCUGGUGGCUUCGGUAUUUCAUUCUCCUUCUUAGGUUUUCACUUGAAUAAAAAAAAGUAUCAACACAAUUGGACCUCAUAUUGCUGGUUGCAACGCGCAAAUGGAGAAUAUCCUCUUUUUGCUUUGCACGGAAUGAAACGGUGAAGCCCUCGAUUCGUCCUCCCUUUGUCGUUGUGACUUCACCGAAAUCUAUGUCGGCUGCCUUCGGCAUCUCUACGCUCACCAGCAGAAUCUAUGGAUGGCACUAGGGUUUGGUACCCUAGCCCAGGCAUCAAUGGUCUUUCCUCUUCGAUUAUAUGCUCUCUAACUUUUUCUUAUUUUGUUCGUAAAAGAAGAGAAGAAGAAGCGUCACACAACCAAAAAUGUGGAGGUCAAUUAUCCAUCUUAUUCAGUGUAUUAUGUCCAUUUUUUAUUUCUCUGAUUUCUAAUUUUCUAAAAAAUCUCAUUCAAUUUUGUAUUUAAUUUCACUGGUGGUUGUUUUUGUUGAUGUUUUGUUUAAAAUUAGUAUAGAUUGUUGAUGAAUAAUGAUAACGCACAAACGCAGGGGAAGACAUUGAGAGAGUUUGGUCCAUAUUAUUUCUAAUAUUACCGUUCAUGGUGUGAAAACUGGGAGAGCCGUUGCCUCAUUUUUGCUGCCUAAAUUUGUGGUUAUUGGGAACAGAGGGAAAAGGCUUAAUGUGUUGUAGUUCCCCGUCGGGAGAGUGAAGGAUUUGAAAGAGAUCUACACUCCUUCCCAUGCCGCUGUCGUACUUUACCAUUUCAUUGAGUUUGACGCCCAGGUUACAAAAGACAGUGUUCUACCAUCUAUCCCAAUGCUAGAGAAUGAAAUCAUUUACUCUGGUCUUCUUCUACUUCACCAUGGCAUAUUGGUCGUAGAAAAUACUUUUUCUUCUAAUAAGGAAGGUGAUAGUGAGUUUGGAAAUGGAAGGAGCCAUUGCUUCGUCUUCUUAAAGGGUUCUGGGUCAAAUGCCCUUUGUUUGAAAAUCUCUUCCUCGAGUUACCCGACUAGCCUAUCUAUCGUUAGGCAAUUCUUGGUCUGAAACAAUCGUUCACUUCCCAUCCAGGUGCGAGCGCUAUAACCCGUGCAUUUUUCUAUUUUCUUACUUUCUAGCUUCUAUUUCGGAUCUAACUGUUUAUUUUCGAUAAUUUUAUUAGAAUUUCUAUGAGUUUUAGUUUGUUGGGGGCAAAGCUCAUUAUACCAAAUGAGCCAAGUUGAUCAUUUCGUUCUACAUGUUGUUUGGCAAGAAUUUGAGAAUUACAAUUGUCUU